AUGUCAUCUAUAUUCAUAAGAAAGCAGAUGGGUACUGCAGAGGCAACUUGUUUAAAAUUGGCAGACUCCUUAUACGCCAACCCAACGACCCUCUUCUUCGGAGAUACCAGUAGCCAAGCGUGGAUAGGCACAUCCGAUUCUGCAUUCGGUGACGUUUUCAUACCAAAGAACGUUAAGAAUUUGAUCAAGCACGGUCUGCCAUAUGAUCCCGCAGAGCAGCCUCUCGACCACAUGAGGGGCGAAGUAGCUGUUAGAUGGAGUCGCGCACAUCAUAGAUAUUUCUUGCAGAGAUGGCCAACCUAUGAGCAGGAUUUCAGAAGAGCUUCUGAUCUGAUAGAAGGAGAUUCGAACAGAAUCGUCAUUCUGUGUAGAACGAACGAGGAAAUCUCGAAGGAAUCUCACAGUAAUGGCAGUGAUGACCAAGAUCGCACCGAAAUGAUGGAAUGGUACCGUGGAGACAAUAAGCCCACUCCUUGUACUUGUCCGCUGGUGGUCUGCACACCAGACCAGCAACAAAACACCAACAGAAUGGACAAACCACCGUCAUCUACUUCAAACCACACUAUAGCGAGCGCGAAUUCUGGUGAUAUUCCUACGUCACCUCCAAAAACUGUGAAAGAACAAGAAGAACACGACCAACGCGAAGGAGCGUUUUCGGACAUAUAUAAGGACAAGACGUGGGGCAACGGGGAAUCGUUGAGUGGGCCUGGAUCUUAUAUGGAGUACACCGUGAAUGUCAGAACAUUCUUGGCGCUGGUGUUUCGCGUCUUUGAUGUAAAAAGUUGGCUCGAUACUCCAUGUGGCGAUUGUAACUGGCAGCGGAACAUUAGUGGAUUUAACGACAUUCUGUAUACUGGGGCUGACAUAGUUCCGAGUGUGAUAAUACAGAAUGGUAGAAAGUACCGAGACAUUCAAAACAUGAAAUUCAUGCACCUGGAUCUGGCAGUUGAUGACGUUCCUAAUGGAGCGGAUGUAAUAUUGUGUCGAGAUAUGCUACAACACACACCCCUUGAGGCGGGUCGAGGAGUUAUUCAGAACUUUGAACAGUCUGGUGCCAAAUAUCUUGUUACGAACUUUCACUCCUUGAAUUACAAGCCUGAAAGCGGAGGAAAUCGUAAUAUCAAGCCUGGAGAGUUUUUUCUAAUUGAUGUGAUGAAACCCCCCUACAAUUUCCCACCACCACUUAUGUACAGUGUGGACGGUCGGGACUCGGAAGUCGCAACGGAGCACAAUUAUAAGAUGGUCGGUAUCUGGAAGUUGCCUGUUUUAGAUAAAGGAAAUGGCACGAUACUUCCUGUGCAUCCGCAGGUCCGGCAUCUACAAACGGCAAAGAUUCCGGCAUCAAAGUCUCGAUUAGCAAAUUCUGAUGCAAAGUCAUCGGAAUCUGAUUCUGUAUUGCUGGUGCAACAACCACGACCACUCAAGAAACAUAAGACUGCGGCAUCAUCAGCACUACCUCCCAGAGAGUCACCCAGCCCUGGAGAAGCUCACAACCAAUUUCACGAGCAAGAAGCUCGAGUGGAUGCAUUUACAAGGCAACCUGACAUGCUCUUCAUUGUCAGUUUUGAUGUGAGGCUGACUUUUGAAUGGAUUACUAUCUAUAAGAAUAAUACAUGGGGAGGCAUGUCAUAUAUUCUGUCGCAUGAAUGA